AUGUUGUACAACAGCAGUUCCAGUUUCUUUCUGUUGACUGGUUUUCCAGGCUUUGAGGCAGCUCACCACUGGAUUUCCAUGCCCUUCUUUAUUGUCAACAUCUCUGUCCUUCUUGGCAAUGGCACUCUCCUUCUUCUCAUUAAGGAAUACCACAAUCUUCACGAGCCUAUGUACUAUUUCCUGGCCAUGUUGGCAGCCACAGACCUAGGGCUGACCUUGACAACAAUGCCCACAGUGCUGGGAGUCCUCUGGUUGAACCGCAGGGAGAUUGGAAAUGUAGCCUGCUUUUCUCAAGCCUAUUUAAUACAUUCACUUUCCUUCGUAGAAUCUGGUGUUUUGCUUGCGAUGGCCUAUGAUCGUUUUAUUGCCAUUCGCAACCCCCUUAGAUACACCUCCAUACUCACUAAUACUCUGGUGGUGAAAAUUGGGCUAGGAGUUCUGAUGAGGGGAUUUGCAUCUGUUGUCCCUCCAAUUUUACCUCUCUAUUUUUUUCCCUAUUGCCAUUCCCAUGUCCUUUCUCAUGCAUUUUGCCUUCAUCAGGAUGUCAUUAAACUGGCCUGUGCUGAUACCACCUUCAAUCGAUUGUAUCCAGUUGUGGUUGUAGCCCUUAUAUUUGUACUGGAUUCUCUGAUUAUUCUCAUCUCCUAUGUGUUGAUACUCAAGAGUGUCCUGAGCAUUGCCUCCAGAGAAGAGAGGGCCAAGGCCCUCAAUACUUGUGUCUCCCAUAUCUGUUGUGUCCUGGUUUUCUAUGUCACUGUGAUUGGAUUGUCUCUAAUUCACAGGUUUGGAAAGGAGGUUCCACAUAUUGUCCACCUCAUUAUGAGCUACGUCUAUUUUUUGUUCCCUCCACUAAUGAAUCCUAUAAUUUAUAGUGUCAAGACCAAGCAGAUCCAGAGUGCCAUUCUUCACCUUUUUACCAUCCAUAGAGUUGAAGCCUGA